AUGUUACCGACAAAAAUGGAUGAACUUUGUCGUGCGUUCGAAACUUGCAAAGGUUUAACACAAAAGCAAAGUGUCCAUUCUACUAUCGCUAUGAACGCUGCGGGGUUCUCUUAUACAGGCUACACAGAUACAUUCUGUUGUCAUACUUGCAAUCUUGAAGUAUCCGGAUGGACUAUCGAUAUGGUACCUUUUACUAUUCAUUCACAACGUAGUCCAACAUGUGCCUUCGUACGUUCAAUAAAACCUGAAGGAACGAGUACAGCUUCUUCAAUACUUAAUUUUACUUCAACUAUUUCAACAUCGGAUGAUGAUGAUGAAAAAUCUUCUAAGAGACAGAAAACAGAUGUACAACAAGAUGAUUUUCAGUUGAAUAUACUUGUAGAAGUAAAUUUGUUAAAACAAAUACGAAAAAGAACAUUUUCACAUUGGCCACUACGAACAUCACCAUCAAGUGCACAGAUGAUUCAAGCAGGAUUCUUUCACUGUAAUGUUGGUGAUCGUGUCAUUUGCUUAUAUUGCAAGAUAGUUUGUCAACAGUGGACAUCAAAUGGUGACGAUCCAUGGGAUGUUCAUAAAACAUUGUCACCCAAAUGUCCAUAUGUGAUCGCUAUAUUGAAACGUCAACAAACAGCAUCAAUUCAUAUUGUUAAUGAACAAAAUACAAGAGAGAAUACUGCCGGCGUAACAACUGAUGAUCCAUUUCGAUGCCAUGAAGUUGUUUAUACUGCUGCAUGCAAUACUGAUUACAUUGAAAUUCCACGACGUUAUGCUACUUUUGCUACUUGGCUUACUGAAAAUACACCAUCAGUGGAUGAUUUAGUUCGGGCAGGAUUCUUUUAUUCAGGUACGAAAACAAUUGUGACCUGUUUCUAUUGUAAUGGAUCAUUGCAGAAUUGGGGUAAAAAUGAUAAUCCUAUGAUUGAACAUGCCAGAUGGUUUCCUAAUUGUGCCUAUGCUAAACAACUGUGUGGUGCAGACUUAUAUCGAAAAAUUCAAGAAUCGAAAAAAGCUCAACAAGCGAGAACUGAAGAGAACGCUGGAAACAAACGACUUGGCAGUAGCAACAAUGGUUCAGGAAAUCGUGGACAAUUGAACGUUUCAGAUGAGAGUACAUUAUCAAGAUUUGUGGCUGCUCGACUUGAUUUACCAAUUUCUCAGAUUUUGCUUACACUAAAUUUUAAGAUAUCCGUCAUAAAACGAUGUUACGAAGAUCAACUGCGAAUAAAACGUGAGAUAUAA